AAAAAAAAUGGAUUCAAAGGGAGCAGCACCAAAUCAAGUUUAUGAAGAUUUUGUGCCAACUACAGAGUUGGUGCAAGAACAAGACUCUGAUACUCUUCUCCUUGAUCUCACAGGUUUCAGAAAGGAACAAGUGAGGGUUCAACUGACCAGAACAGGAGUUGUGAAGAUCAGUGGACAAAGGCCAGUUGCUGAGGGCAAAUGGCUUAGAUUCCAAAAGGAUUUCCCUGUUUCACAAAAUUGCGACAAGACGAAAAUCAGUGCAAAGUUUGAAAAUGGCAUUCUUUAUGUCAAACAACCAAAACUGAUAACUACUUCAUCAGAGAAAAAAAAUCAAGAACUGCCAACAUCUGAUGCUCAACAGCCCAAAGAAGAGCCACAACCAACGUCUCAGAAGAAAGAUGAAGAACAAACAAAAGACGAAAAAACACAAACACCAGCACCAACAGAAGAAUUGCCUAAACAUCAGGCUACUAAUGCUGAAAAGCCUGAAAUGGAAGAACCAAACACAAAAGAAACUAAAGAUCUUGCAAAUGAAACACCUGCUGAGAAUACUGGUGCAAAUAGCACUGUGGAAGAUGGAAAUAAACCGAGUUAUGCAUGUAAACUUGAUAAAGAUGCAUAUACUGGAACUGCAGCUGUUCUAGCUGAGAAGCUGAAGAUGCCAAGGAAAUUGAUGAACAUGACUCUGAUUGCUCUUUUGGUUCUUGGAAUUGGCCUAUAUAUCAGCAAUAAGAUGAAAUCCAACAAUUAAAUAG